CGCCCAAAGCGCAAGCACUUUCGCAAGAACGAUGAUUUGUGCUUUCUGCGUGAAGUGGUCGCAGUUAAUCCCUUCGGAGAUCCACACUCGUGGGAGGACGUUUAAAAAAAUGUCAUGGCAGCUAAAAACCGGGAGCUCACGCUGCGAGCCAUAAGAGAGCGCGUGGAGCUGCUUCUGGGAUAUUUCCGGCGGGAAAACACGGCCAACCUCCGCAGGUCUGGAUUCGAACAGUACGAAGAGCUGCAGCAGCUGCUGCAAGAAGUAUCCGACCUAAGUAUCCGAAGUAUCUGCAAGAAGUAUCCGAAGUAUCCGACCUGGCCCGUGAACACGGCUACGAGCCUCGGACCAAGCCGAGAAAAGGAAAUGGGCCGGCGGGGAAGCAGGCUAGGCAUGCUCCACGGUCAGCCGCUGCCGAACUGCGCGUCGAGCAGCAACUGA